AUGCCCCCGCCGCCAAAGAGCUGUCGUGCGUUGGCGACAUCCGCCGUGCUUAUAGAGACCUCCGCUGGUGCCUUUGUAGUUGAUCUUUUUGGUCUUGAUUGCCCUGCAGCAACGGCGGAAUUUGUCAACCUGUGCCGCUGCAAGUACUUCAAUGGCUGUAUAGCCACAGAGGUGGUACCUGAUAACAUCAUCACCUUCUCACACCCAGUAGAGCCGCUGAGGGGAUUGACGUUUCACUCCUUGGUGGAAAUGGCACGUCCACACACGCAGGGGAAUGGGGGGACAUCGAUAGGUAAUGUAGAGCAAUUAAUGUGGGGAGAAUGGGAGCGGAUGAGGCGGCAUACGGCGCGUCUGCGGCAGCGCCACGGGACGACGUCAGUGGAGUUUUUACCGCAACCCCCCACAGGGGAGGCGGGGUCGAUCAAUCGUCGGGGGCUACUACUUCUCGAGGUGCCGCAGAAGGCGGCUCUGACAGGCGGCGGCGCUGCUGCUGCUCGAACAAGCGCUCUCGUUGUCACGUUGGGAAAUCGGCACCUUGACUACUUUGAAGACCGCUUUAUGGUGGUAGGUGAGGUGCGUGAGGGCAUUGGCGUUAUUGAAAAGUUGCGGGCGGCUCCGUAUCAGCGGCCGUCUUCCGCGUCGGCGCUUGGGACGCGUCUCACUCGGCUUGUACGCAUCAAGCAUGCGACUACAUUGCCUACGGCGGGGACGGAGGGGUUUCCAGAUGUCUGGUGUAACGGCAGUAGUGGCGGUCCUGCCUCGCUGCAGUCGAGUAACUUGGGGCCGAGGCUGAUAGCGGCGGGUUGCUUUCGCCACUGGGCCGCACAAAAGACGGUGCGGGUCGCGAAUCGUGCGCUCAUUAAAAUCAUGCGAGAUGCCUCGGCUGCGGAGGGAGAGGCAAAAGAAUCCCAAGGCACCAACUUCAUUUUGAUUCCUGAGGACCCUCCGCAGGAGGCACCGCACGCGAUGAGUGAUGCGUAUGAAGUGCAGUCUGUUGAGUACAACCCGCAUUACAGCGGCGACUACCUUAGCUCCGAUGAUGAGGCCUCACACACGGAGUCCCGAAAGGAACGUGAGAGCAGGCAUCAGGCGAUCAUGCGAAUGCAUCAGGACAAACUCAAUGAGACUCGCGCCCUUAUGCUUAAUCUGCUGGACGGCGUUGCGGAUGUCGCUGGGGAACUAAAGCCGCCGGAGAAUGUGCUCUUCGUGUGCAAACUGAACCCGCUCACCACUGAUGAGGGACUCAAGAUGUGCUUUUCGCAGUACGGCCGUGUAUUGUCGGCGGACGUGUUGCGAGACCACAGGACAGGCAACUCGUUGCGUUACGGCUUUGUCGAGUUUGAGGACGCCGAGGCGUGUUACCGAGCCUUCAAUAAGAUGGACCAGGCCCUCGUGGACGACCACCGCAUUCAUGUGGACUUCUCUCAGUCCGUGUCAAAGUUGUGGGCGCAGCGGCAGCGCGAGCUGCGGAAGAGGGCUCGAGCGGAGAACUGA